AAUAAAUAAAUGUAAACACGAACGCUUAAAAUGGCGGGAGGGAGGCAAGCCAGCCAUUGACCAACAAAAACCACAUAAAUCAUUAAAAACAACGAAAAUAAAACAUGGCCGGCGGAUACACACUACUAAAUGACCCGGCGGAAAGAGAGAAGGAUAAAAAGACCAAUGGCGGCAAUAUGGAGGGCGAGAAAGAGCCAUUACGAGUACCAGAUGACACUUUGACCCCAGAGUUGACCUGUGUCCCGCCUGACCCGCCCCGUGACCUCAUCAGCGUGUUCGUGGUGACCUUUGACCCCAAGGAAGGAAACCUUCUGGAGUGGAGUGUUCCCAAGGGCGUGUCUCUGGAUGGCAUUGAGUUCCGAGCCCUCAUCAGCGGAGCACACACCAUCACCUCGGAUUUCAUAUACUUUCGGCAAGGGGACUUCUAUGGGGCGGCCUGCUACAAGAAGAUGGAGCUGUCAUCGGAGGUGGAACGGGGGGUGAGGAUGAAGAGUGUGGGUGUCAUCGUGGCCCACUACACCCACCUACACCCACACCUCACCCACCUCGCACACUUCGUCAGAUAUAUACUAUGUCACCCGGGCCACUAUGAGACCCUAGAAGAUUAUUUCCACACCCGCCGAGCCCCUCCCCUCCGACCAGCUGGCACGGCCCCCCCAGAGUUUCCCAAGGAGGUUCGCCCGCCCCCCAGACACCCGCCACCCCUGCCACGCCCUCCUCCCCAGCUCUACAGGUGUGUUUGUGCACUAUUCACCACAACACCCCAAGAGAGAGAGGAUCCAAGCCUUCACCAGUUACUACAAGCACUUGGUGACCAGCUAGUGUACAUCUGGCGCGCUUCACUGCUCUGUAAACGCAUCCUUCUAUUUUCUGAGCCUCCUAUUGGCCGCAAGUGUCUCUGGGUCCACUGGCUCUCCCUUCUGGGGGCUCACGGAACUCCUGGCCUGCCCUCAGCUCUACUCCGGCCUCUCUACUAUGUUAGUUUGGCCGAUUUAGACCUCCUGGCAGAACAGCAUGCGUAUGUGGCCUGCACCACAGAGAAGAUAUUUGAGGAGAAACCUGGCAUUUACGACCUUUAUAUAGAAGGCCACAAAGUUCGCAUUACCCAGAAACACCCAGCUGUCACCACAAUCACCACCGAAGAUAGACUGCGAGUAUCGGCCUUACUUUCGCAGCCUGACCUUACUCCUCGCGACCUUUAUUUGUUCUUUAAGGAGCUGAAUGACAGUAUUUUUGCGGUUUUAUACAGGGCUAGUGGUCCCGGGGGCUCUGGGGUAGUGGGGGCUGAGGAUCUUGGGGCUGUGGGGCUGAGGGCUGAGGAUUGUGGGUUUGUAAGGGAGUUAGUGGCAACGCAUGGGUUUGACGUGAGUGUGAAGAGUCGUGGGUGUGUGUGUUGCCCCUGUGUGUUGUGACGUGUGUGUGUGUGUGUGUGUGUGUGUGUGUGUGUGUGUGUGUGUGUGUGUGUGUGUGUGUGUGUGUGUCUGUGUUGAUUUGA